GGGUUACGCGCGGUGCUGAGUCGGCGGCGGGGCGGAGGUGCCGGCUGGGACUCCGGGCUCCGGGCUGGGGCUCCGGCUCGCGGCGCGGCCCCCGCAGGCAGCGUGGCUGGGCGGACCGCGGCGACCCCGCUCCUCCGCCGGCUGCGUCAUGCAGGGCCCUGCGGGGAAUGCGAGUCGCGGGCUGCCGGGCGGGUCCUCCACCGCCGCGUCCGGGGCGGGCCGCUGCGAGAGCGGCGCGCUCAUGCACAGUUUCGGCAUCUUCCUGCAGGGGCUGCUCGGCGUCGUGGCCUUCAGCACGUUGAUGCAGCCUUGUCACACAAAAAGAAGAAAAUACAAUUUUCCGCACACUGUGAGGAGUCAUUCUUCCUACGUGCCCAGUCCUGCAGAGCCUGUCCCAGUCAGCAGCAGUGCAGGCCCCUGUGACCUUCACGGCUUAUGGAUCAAACGCUUCCGAGAACCAAAGCAUGAAAGACGUCCGUGGAGGAUAUGGUUUCUAGACACUUCCAAACAAGCCAUAGGAAUGCUGUUCAUCCACUUUGCCAAUGUGUACCUAGCGGAUCUCACCGAAGAGGACCCUUGCUCACUGUACCUCAUCAACUUCCUCCUGGACGCCACCGUGGGCAUGCUGCUCAUCUACCUGGGGGUGCGUGCCGUCAGCGUCCUGGUGGAGUGGCAGCAGUGGGAGUCCCUGCGCUUUGGCGAAUAUGGAGACCCUCUGCAGUGCGGAGCCUGGGUCGGCCAGUGUGCGCUGUACAUCGUGAUCAUGAUGUUUGAAAAAGCUGUUGUCUUCAUCAUCCUCCUGAUACUUCAGUGGAAGAAGGUGGCCCUGUUGAAUCCCAUUGAAAACCCAGACCUGAAGCUGGCCAUCGUCAUGCUGAUCGUCCCCUUCUUUGUCAAUGCUUUGAUGUUCUGGGUAGUGGACAAUUUCCUCAUGAGAAAGGGGAGGACGAAAGCUAAACUGGAGGAAAGGGGAGCCAACCAGGACUCAAGGAAUGGGAGCAAGGUCCGCUACCGAAGGGCCGCAUCCCAUGAGGAGUCGGAGUCGGAGAUCCUGAUCUCGGCCGAUGACGAGAUGGAGGAGUCCGACGUGGAGGAUGACCUCUGCAGACUGACGCCCCUGAGGCCUGCGAAGAAGAAGAAGCACCGCUUCGGGCUGCCUGUAUGACGCAUCCUGUGCGGGUCAGGUCUGGGGGCCGGCUGCUCUGCAGCCUCCCUCCUCCCCUCCUCUCUCCCUCCUCUUCUACCUCCGUCCUCGCGCUCUGCCCACUCCCAGCGACCGGACCGUGACUGGAGAGAGGGAGGAAGAGCCGGCGCCGAGCGGGUCGCGGCUGUUGGAGGUCCCCACUCAGUUGCACUACAAACACUGACCAAAUAUGCAAGCCAGGCGUUUUCUUCCUUUGUUGUCGUCCGAUGUUGUGAGGGACCCCGGAGCCCUGUCGGGUGUCCGGCGGGGUGGCCAUGAGGAAAAAGCUCACGCGCACACAGACUGGGUAGAGCCCCUCCCCAGGGCCGGGGAGUGAAGACAUAACAGGUUUGGGGCUAAAAGUCACUCAUUGACGGAGUUGGAACCGCAGUGCUUUCUUACUCAAAAUGGAUUUUAUAACUCUUGAUUUCUAAAGCCGGUUUCACGAGACGUCACAGUGUUCAUGUUUUUUGAGUAUGUGUUUAUUUCCUAUGGGACUAAUGGGCAAAACUUAGAUUUUUAAGUCUUCCGUAUGCUGUUGACUUUUAUAUUUUUAAGUUAUAUUUUCAUACUAUUUAAAAAGUCUUUUUAACCCCCAAAGAAAUGGGUUCGUUUGCCUUUCAUGGGAUGGUGGGAGGAAGAAGCCGAGGGUUUUUUAUUUGCAAUAUGGUUAGGUAAUCUGUGAUAAGAUAGGGUAGCGAGCACAGUAGGAAUGGAGAUGGAUCCUUAUCGGAGGUCAGCAAACUCAGUGGGUCUGUAAAGGUCGGCCCGAGCAGGAGGCAGCUGGCCCAGACGUGGGUGCAGUGCCCCUGUGCAUGCCAGGCCCUGCGGCUCCUUGGCCUUCCUGCUGGCAGGGCAGAGGUCUCAGUUCAAUUGGACCAACAAAAGGGGCUAAGAGGUCUUAGUGUCCAGAGAAAUUGAGGCUGCAAGGCCAGUGCUGUUUGUUCCUCGCCUCUCCUCAGCACCUCCAAGUCUGCGGUUUAGAAUGUCGCCUCAGCCUCCAUGCCUCCCCUGGCGCAGCCUUCAGAACCAGCCUUUGGACCCGGCUCCAGGUCAGGCUGCCCCGGCCUGUUAUCGUGUCCAUUUAUUUUGCACAAGAGUCUGGAGAACACCUGCCUGACCAAAUGGUCCUGUUUUUCACAUACUCCAGGGCAGGGGGGUGGCUGCAUCCACAGCCAGGACAAGGUGCUUCUAACUGUGUCUCCCCCCCCCGGGCAGUGGCCCCCACUCAGCCUGGGCAGGGGCCCCGGUGGCUUUGGGAGUCUGCCGACUGGCAGUGGAUUGGGCUGAUGGGCACUUGCCUGCUGUGGAUGCAGCGAGGUGGAGUGGCCCAGUGUUGUGUCAAGCCCGAGGCAGCCAUGGAAGUUUAGGAACAGAAUACCCGCUGCUGAGGUGUGAGCUGAAAGUGAGGCAGGUGCAGGGAGGCCACCCCGCCCAGAACCUUCUCUCUAGAUCUACACAAAAAUGUCUUCGCUUAGGAAGAUUGGGUCUGAAUUGUCACGUGUGAGGCAAGCUGUUAAGCCGGGCAUCCCGGGCUUGUCCUCUGCCUCGCACCCUCUUCCCUAGAGUCCCCAGGCCAGAGGGCUGAGGGCGCCGGAUCUGUGACUGCAGCAGGAGAGAAGAGGCGAGGCGGGGCGGGGCAUCGUGUGAGAUUGGGGAGGGUCUCCUUUCUCACAUCGCUUCUGCUCUCCUGUUGCACCAGUCGCCCCUCCCAACCCCUGGCUGUGUUGGUGGGUGUCUCCUCACUAGAACUGGCAUUUGGGAGGACCGGGACUGGUGUUCCUGCUAGACAGCAGUCCCUCGUGGCAUCGCUGCCUCUCCUUCCUUUUUGCUCCUAUUUCAUUUUGAUUUGAACAACCUGUGUCCACAGCUGUUUUUGUACCUUCUGAGCUCAGCAUCAGAGCUUCAUUUUCAGUCUCGAGUUCCUAAUGUGUCCAAACUGGAGACGGGGUAGAAGAACCAUAGUCCGUGAACGAUGGAAACUGGGUCAUAUAGACUCAGGUUAUCUGCCCAUCUCAAGGCUUGUCCCAGCGCCUACUGGGUAGUGGGUUUGGAGGGGGACAGAGGCUGUGAGUGCGUGGUGGUUUCUCCCUGUAUCCUGAUCUUCAGUAAGGGCUUUGGUCUCGGAGCUGCAGCUGCAAAGCUGGCUAACUAGGGGAUGGUGUCUGACCACAGAGGGCCUUGUGCUGUGUGGGCCUGGACAGCGUGGCCUCAUGCACACAUCAUUUCUAUGGGAGUGCGUCCUGCGUCACAGGGACUUUCUGUCGGGACUUCCUCCCGAGCUGUCCUCCCUCUCUGGGCAAAUUUCCUCACCACCUGCUCCAAGGUGCCUUAUGAGGUGCAGCUCUCCAGCCACAUGACAAGCAUCACUGUGCUUGAGAAACCACAGAACACCAACUGGGUAUUGUCCACCGUUCGUCUCAUUUGUCAGAAUCUGGACCUUGGCCAAGACAACCAUGGUGGGAACUUGUAAGUCAGGGUCUUGAACAAGUUCCUUGUAACAAGCGGAAAUCACCUGAUGAGGUGGAACUGCCACAUCCGAAUGGAAGAGACUAUUGUGGCCCUUCUUUCCUUUUGCUCUCUGUGCUACGGGAGUGUAAGGAGGGGUGCUGGUGAGGCCCAAGUAGCCGUCCGUGGCUGCAGCCUGCAGACCUGCAAGGUGAAGGUCUGUGGCCCUUCGGCUCGCCCUCGGGUACGCUGGUGGCCGCCUGCCUCAAGCUUUAACUUGCACCCCUUCCUGGCAACAGGGAGUCCUGGGUUAAGGUUGGCCCCUCACACCUCUACAGGGAAAAUAUGUAACGGCUCAAAUCCAAGUUGUGUCUUCCCCUCAGCAGUGUAGGCCGUGGCUGCUGCCCAGAGGCCCCUCUGAAGGGGCCCCACAGCUGCGGGCCACUCUGCCCUCCACACUGCAGUUCACUGGCCUUUUUGCAUCCGGACCAGCAUAGGUGGCACUGGGGAUGCCCUACCAGCCAGGGCAGCCACUUUGUAGGGUGUCGGGCAGCUUUUAGGAACUUCACACACUUGCAACUAGGAGGGGAGAGCGCUCUGUUUACCCUGUGGGAUGUUGGUGGCCUCAAGGGCUUUGUUCUCAGCGAGGGAACCUCUGGUCCAACUGUCAUCGGCACCUUGAGCUCCUGGGCGGUGGAUUGGUUUAACUUGGUUUCUCUUUUCAUGAAGUUUAUUAGAAGCCAGGCCUAUGUGAGCAAACCAUGGCCUCCUUCCACUGUCUGCCUAAGGGGUGUUUAAUCGGUGGUGUUACGAUUCACAAAAACACAUUUUUGAAAUAAAAGGGAAGACAAUGUACUUACAUUAUAAAAUGGUUUACAAUAAAAUUUGAUGUCUUGCUACAUUUUUUUUUAAAGAA